AUGUCUGAACUGAGAGAUCCGGCCAUUAAGCUAUUCGGGAGGAAUAUUCCGUGGGGGGGCUCUCAGAUUCCGUCAGCUUCCGAGCAAGGCUCAGGCUCACAGUGUCAAACUCCUCCAAUACCUCCGGCCAUGUAUGGAUGUGAAGAAGCAACAAAAACUGGAGUCAAUGAUCCUCUCCUGGAAAAUUCUUGUGAGCAGGAUAUCCCUUCCGGAUUAGAUAAUCCAAAAGAUAUCAGCUGCCAAAAUCCUCCACAGGAGAAGGUUUUAAAGAAGCCAAACAAAGUCCUCCCUUGUCCUCGCUGCAAAAGCUUGAAGACAAAGUUUUGCUAUUUCAACAAUUACAAUGUAAACCAACCAAGAUACUUUUGCAAGAAUUGCCAGAGAUAUUGGACAGCUGGGGGAACGGUUAGAAAUUUACCUGUUGGGGCUGGAAAGCGCAAGAAUAAACUUUCAUCUUCACAGUGCCAUCAGGUAAUGGAUGAAGUCCUAAAGUUUAGCAAAGAUGCUGCUCAAUGUGAAUCCAUGGAAACUGUGGUUAAUCACAAAGACCAGAACAAAAGUGUUGAAAUUUUGUCUUCGGCUGCUGCGGGAGACAGUGACGAGCCCUUAUCAUCCGUUUCUUCCUCAGCAGCUGCUACAUCCCACGAUAGUGAAUUUCCAGAAAAGGCAAUCAAGCUGGUUGCAUUCCCAGGACAUUGCAGCCGUUUCAAUCCAGUGCAUACACUGCAGAGUUACCCUGUUUCCCAAUGUGUUUACCAUUGGAACCCAGGUUGGAAUGCAAUGGUGCUUGAGCCAAGCAUCAUUACAUUCCCAUUUCUUCCUUCCAGUGGUGUAUUCCACACAGGCUCAUCAGCUUCAUCUUCUAUCAGCAACAGCGGCUGUUCAAGUAAUAGCUCGCUGGCCUUGGGGAAGCAUUCAAGGGAUGCAAAUUCACAGGGGGAAGAAACAAAGGAGCAGUGCAUUUGGGUGCCCAAGACUCUGAGAAUUGAUGACCCAGAGGAGGCUGCAAAGAGUUCCAUAUGGUCUACUUUGGGCAUUAGACCUGGAAAGGACAAACCCAGCAUCAGAAAUGGUAUUUUUAAAGCUUUCCAAUCCAAAUCAGAUAGCAGUUCCCCUGCAUCAGAUGAUGAUCAGAUUUUAAAAGCAAACCCAGCAGCUUUUUCUCGCUGCCAAUCUUUCCAGGAAAGCACCUAAAGAUGUACGCUUUUGUUGUUUAUAUAUGAUACCAUGGAAGAUUGUUGUUUGAACUGCACAGUGAAUGCCGUCGUUCUGCGUCUGUUAUGGCUACAUCCUGAGAUAACAUGGUUUAGAACAGGGGCGGAGCCAUCAGGGGCCGAGAGGGGGCAAUUUUAUUUUUACAAUUUGCAUCCCGUCAACCAAAAUUCUGGCUCCGCCAUCAGUUUAGAAGAUGGCAGUGACUGUGGAAUCCCUCUCAAUGCAGAUAUGGGAAGAUCUCUCUGGGGAAAUAAGAAGCUCCAUUAGCAUUUCUCAUACUCAAAAGAGUAGCUGGCUCUCCUCUUGACUAGAAGGCAAGGAUCUGUCUCCUGGGAAAACUGGUUGGAGAGGACUUUCGGUUUGGGCUUUGUCUUGUUUUCCUCCUACACCUCCAAGGGAUUAGAUUGAUUACUUAUGUUAUGCAUGAUGCAUCUCAUGUUUUCUCAUGUUUAAUACUGAGAUUCAUUGGACCAACAGUUAUGAGAUUAACGUGGAAGGGGGAUAUUGCAUGCAUGGUAGUAGUACUCUUUCAAUUUGUUUGCGUUGUCGGUAUCUCGUUUGGUAUCUAGCACUACGGUGCAGUAGUUAUAUACUCUUAUGGGAGUUUAUCUCCAUAUUGUUAUCUUUUGAGCUUUUUAGGAGUUUAUCUCCAUUGGAGGUAGUUUAUCCUUCGAGCUGAAUUUGCAGAGUUGAAGAGGAAGUCCUAACCCGGGCAUCCU